AUGUCGGAGAUAUGUUACGAUCGCUGUCUCCAGCUGAGCGAGGCAGCGUUAGAGCUUGCAUACACCAAAGGGCCACUUGAGGCGCAGCGUAUAAAGGCAGAGCAAAGGCUAGGGAAUGCCGUUGACCGGACAGUAGUCCUGGCGUUACUGGAGCGUCUCACGGUCCACUCGCACGGCGUCGAGACGGACUUCUGGGACCUUGACAGCUUCCACUACCUUUUCAGCCAUCUAACCCUCCGCUAUCUUUACAUCUCUCGCGUAUCUCUGAUCGAAGACAUCCUAGUGCUUUCAGCACAUACCUCCAAAACACCUCUGACAUCGACUCGCACUCGACGAGUGCGAGAUUAG